AUGCCGUCGAGGCCUUCUGUGCUAAACGAUUAUAUAAAUACUCUAGAAAUACAGGCAAGGACCCCAACACAAACUAUGGAGACAAAAGAACCAAAACUUUACCUAGAAGACACAACAGCCCGCAUCGUGCUGGUGCCAGCAGCAGCAGCAGCAGCAGCAGCAGCAGCAGCAGCAGCAGCAGCAGCAGCAGAAAAAGAAGCAGCAGCAGCAGCAGCAGCAGCAGCUUUUUCUUCUCGCCCUGAUGGAGGGUUUUGUAUUGUGGGGGCCCUCGAUAUCAACAGAUGCGUCACCGGCAUGGUUCGCUUCAUCGGGAGCAGCGGGCAGCCAGUAGCAGACAUUUGUAAACACAGCUGUCUCUCUCCGAUUGAGGCUCUGGAGCUGACAGCACACUGCCGCUGCAUCGCCCCCACUGCCCCCGACACUCUUCCGUGCUAUCCUUUUGUAGAUGAAGACCCCUUUAGUAUAUCCGGCAGCAGCAGCUACGACGUUUACUUUGCCGGCCUGCAGCAGCAGCACCAACACCGCAAUCUAACCCCAGCACCAGCAGCAGCAGCAGCAGCAGCAGCAGCAGCAGCAGCAGGAGAAACACCAGCAGCAGCAGCAGCAGCAUCAGAUCCAGCUGCAACAGCAGCAGAAACGGCAACAGCAACAGCAACAGACCCAACACCAGCACCAGCAACAGCAGCAGCACCAGCACCAGCAGCAGCAGCAGCAGCAGCAGCAGCAGCAGCAGCAGCAGCAGCAGGGCAUUGGCCUUAUGGGGAAUUUAUAUACGACGGAAAACUGAAGCAACAGCAGCAGCAGCAGCAGCAGCAGCAGCAGCAGCAGCAACAGCAGCAGCAGCAGCAACAGCAGCAGCAGCAGCAACAGCAGCAACAGCAGCAGCAGCAGCAGCAGCAACAGCAGCAGCAGCAGCAAUAG